GCAGCUUGCAGCUUGCUCGAUCCUUCCCGCCGCUUCCAACCACGACAACCACAGCGAGCACCAUGUCCAUCUCGAGGGCGGUGUUCAGCACAGAAUAGGAGCUCUGCAACCGAUUCCGGGCAUCUCCGCGAAUCACGGCGUAUUGACACGAAAACAAACCCCCCCCCGGACGGCGACGACCAUGUCUGCCCGGAAGCUCGGCGGCGGCAGGAUCUUGGGCAGCGGCAAGGGCCUCGUCCCGCCGGCGGCGGCUCGUGGACCCCGAGCCGUCAGCCCGUCGGCCCCGUCCGAGAGUAGCACCGUGUCCUUCCAGUCGCGGAACUCAACGCCAAGCACGCUCUCGCCGUCGUCGUCCAGCCCGCUCCCAGACUUCUCGCAAGACCUUACCUCCAAUGUCACCCUUGCCGGCCCGUCCAACCGCGCCGUCGCCGGGAACAGGCUGGCGUGCCCGAUCUGCGAGGAGGAGAUGGUGACGUUGCUGCAGCUGAACCGGCACCUCGAUGACGUGCACCAGGAGCUGCCCGAGGCGGAGCAAGACGAGGUCAAGUCGUGGUUCGAUAAGCAGGUGCUCAAGGCGAAGCGGUUCCAGCCGCUGUCGCUCAUCAACCAGAAGCUGCGCGGCCUGGACGUGUUCGAGUCAAACGAGACGCAUCCCGUGGCAGUCGCCGCCGCGGAGACCGUGGUGGACCCGGAAGAGCUCGUCACGCGGAAGCACUGGCAGCGGCCGACGGGCACCGACGUGUGCACCGAUCCGCUGUGCGAGAGGAGGCUGGGCCCGCUCAACGGCAGCGUCAACUGCCGGAAGUGCGGGCGGCUGUUCUGCGAGGAGCACACCAUGUACCAGAUGAAGCUCGCGCGCUCGGCCAACCACGAGCCCGUGCGGGGCGUGUGGUGCCGCGUGUGCGAGACCUGCUACAAGUCGCGGGACGGAUACAACGACCACGCGGGGCUGUCCCGCGAUCACACGGCCGAGUUUGCCGCGGUUCGCGCCAAGAAGGUGGAGAGGCAGCGGCUGGAGGUGCAGCGGCUAGAGAAGAGGCUGACGAAGCUGACGCGGCUGCUGGUCGAGGCGCCUUCGGAGGUGGGCGGGGUGAACUCGGGGCUCCUGUCACCGCUGGCGGGGCAGAGGAGUCAGAGGAAGAUGAUCGAGCAGUCGGUCGUGACGUGGGAGGACGAUGCGGUGGUCCCGAGGUGUCCAUUCUGCAAGCAGGAGUUCCGGCCGUGGACAUUCCGGCGGCAUCACUGCAGGAUAUGCGGGCGUGUCGUGUGCGCCGACCCGGCAACCAACUGUUCCAGCGAGGUCGGCUUGAAUGUAGCAAACCCAAACGCGAUACCCACCACUACCGAGAAGCCGACGAUACCGGCGGACGGGCAGAUCAGCAUCGACGUCCGCAUGUGCUGCGAGUGCAAGAGUAUUAUCUUUUCCCACCGAGAUUUCAUCGAGUCGAUAAGGCACCGGCCGCCAGAUCAGCGCGCCUACGAGACCCUCCGGCAGUUUGAGCGCGGCAUCCAGCUGCUGCUGCCCUCCUUCCACCGAACCCUGCAGGCUCUCCAGCCGCCGGACGGAGACGCCGCCGACAAGCCGCCCCCGACGCACGCGCAGAUCCAGGAGGCGGCCAAGAUCAGGAAACGACUGGUCGACGCGUUCAGCAAGUACGACCUCGCAGCGAAGCGCAUCCGCGAUAUGAAGACCGACAGCCCGACCCAGCUGCGGCUGCAGAAGGCCAUCUACGCCUCGGCCUCGUCCUUUCUGCACGCCAACCUCAUCCCGCUGAAGAGCGUCCCCGCCAUGCUCAGGUCGCACAGCUCCAGCCACCGACGGCUGCUCUCCGCGGGCGGGAAUCAUCCCCAUCCGCAUUCUCAUGCCUCGCCGCUGCGCAACGGCGAGUCUGCUACUGCUCCUACCAUCUCCCGCACCGGGUCUUCUGGGUUUGACGCCGAGACGUCCAGCCUAGGAGGUGCGAGCGAGGUCAGCACGGCCGUCUCGGCGGCGCUGGAGACGGAAGAGAGGGAGGCGCGCGAGCGGCUGGUCGUGCUGGAGGAGCAGCGCUUCAUGGUGCACGAGAUGCUCGGCCACGCGCGGAGUGCGCGGCGGUUCGAGGAGGUUAGUGCGUUGAGUAGGAACCUGGAUGAGUUGGAUAGGGAGAUUGAGGCGGCGAAGAGGUUGGUCGAGGUUGUGGAGGAGCGGUGGGAAGGGUUGUUUGCUGCUACCGCUACUCCUGGGGGCCAAUAACUCGACAUCGGUUUGGAGAUGGAAGGGUUAAUUGGGGGUUUAUCCUUAUGGCGAUGCAUUGCAUGGAGUUUGGGACUUGCGCAGCACAGCACAGCACAGCAUAGCACAGCACAGCACAGGGUUACAAGUUGAGGAGAAUACUACCUACUGCGCAUUUGGA